CCUCAUUACUAACCCCCAGACCACACAACACACUGACACUCUCGGACAUAGAAGUUAAUGGAUAGUGAUGGGGUAGGUUAGACAUACCUGUCUGGAUGUAAAUGUCAUGGAUCUCAAUCUCUGCAUCUGGCUCUGGACCAUAUUAUGCUGGGUGGAUGUUCUGGGGCAGGGGACCAGGGAUGGGGCUGUCCCUCAUCUGUCAAAGAAAGAUGUUCUGAUGUUGGCGGAUGAUGCAGAUCCAAAGUGUUUUACCAGGACUCAGUAUGACUUCACCUGUUUCUGGGAGAUGCCAGACAACAAGUCUUGUGACUUCUUCUAUAGUAACGAUGAUCGGGAGGAGAAGAGGUGUAAUCUGAUUCUCCAGAGGACAGAGGAAGGGAAAGUCCUCCAUGUCUGCUCCUUCCCUCCCUCUGAUGUCUUCCUGUUCACCUUCACACACAUCAGAGUGAUGGAGGGCGGCUCCAACUACUCACUAUACGCACGCACGGUCAGCGUCGAGGACCAGGUUCUCCUGGAUCCUCCUGUGAAUGUAUCCCUUCACCCGACAGGGCAGACUGGGCAGUUCCAGGUGGAGUGGCACACACCCAGAGAGUGGGAGAACAACAUGCAGUAUGGGAUACGUUACUCCUCCCAGAGCCUGAGGGAGAGAACUGAACUGAUAAAGCCAGUGAGGUCCCAAAUCCACAGCCUGGUCUCUCUGGCGCCAGGGGAGGUGGUCAGCGUCCAGCUGAGGGUCAAACCCAACGGCUACAGCGAGAAAGAGACCAGUGGUCAUUGGAGCGACUGGUCGGUCCCCAAAACUGCCAUGGUUCCUCAGAGUGCAGCUGAUAUCUCAUUGUUGUGCCACACUUCUGACCUGCAAAACAUCACCUGCCAAUGGAAUGGGCAGGCCUACAGAGAUGAUACCUACACCAUAUACUACAAGCUGGGACCCAGUGAAAGUGAGGGCUGGAGAGAGUGUAUGCAGAAUGAGAACAUCUCCUACCAUUGCAGUUUCCAUGGAGCAGAGUCCAGUGAGAUACGGGUCAAACUCAGCGCUGGUUCUGCUACUCCCAGGCGGACCUUCUACACUGAGCCUUUCAGACUCAACAACAGCAUUCAAACAGCCCCUCCUGGGAGGCUGAGGGGACAAUGGGAGAAGGGCAGGCUGUGUCUGAAAUGGGACACACCCUUAUUGGCCCUGUCUGUCCACCUGAUGUACCAGCACCGCUACCAGCCUCGAGAGGAGACUGUCUGGAAGCUGGUGAUCCUGCCGGGCCCAGAGACCAGUACCUGUCUGGACAUUCAGACUGGAGUUCAGUACUAUAUCCAGGUCAGAGCCAGACCCAACGGGUCAGUCUACGCUGGCUACUGGAGCGACUGGUCACCCCGUCUCACUGUGGACAUGCCCUCAGACAUAGGUGCCCUCAUCUCCUGCAUCCCUCUCAUGAUGCUCGUUGUAUCAGUCGUCUUUAUCUCCAUGUUCUCCAGGUAUCUCAGUAAGCUCAAACAGUAUCUGUGGCCACCAGUCCCAAACCUUGACAAAGUACUCCACGGCUUCCUGACAGAUAUCAACGGACAGACUUGGGACCCUCCCUUCAACAUCAAGCAGUGUUCAGAGGAGACCCCAGCUUGUGUCGUGGAGAUCAUGUCUGAGAGGGAGGCUUCAGGCAGAGGGAUGCUUCCUUUACUACUCUCCUCAGAGCAAGGCACUUCAGGCGGGGAGGAGGAGAGCCUGCCUACCCUGGUCCUGGAGGUCAGUCCAGACUACGUGACCCUGACCCCGGAUGACGUCAUCCCCCGUCUUGGAGGGAACGAGUACGUGUACGAUGGGGAGGUGGGGGCGGAGUCUCAGAGCCUGUGGGUGGGGGGAGAGGAGGUGCUCCAGGUGAGGUGUCACUGCUCCUUUACUAGGUCCUCCAGCUUCCCAUCAUCCUCCAGUACCACGGACAUCCUCAACCACUCCUACCUACUGCUGGCCGAGCAACCCAUUAAGAGACUGGACUAUCCAGGGCAGCAGGGCGCCCCCCAGGGCAGCAGGGUCUAUGUCAACCUGGAGGACACAAGCUCAGCAAACACAAAUGCCUGAUUGGCACUCUGGCACAGCACAACACAACAAGGGCACACAAAUUCAUGAAAAGGACAUGGAUGAAACCAAGUACAAAAUACAAGGGGGAGGCUUUAAAUGUCAAAUGUGCUAUUCUCAAAACAAGGAUGUAUUUAGGAUAUUCAACUUUGCACAAUGCUGGAUGAAAUAUCUUUACGUGCCUAGGAAAAAUGUAAGACACAGCUCAAGUGUGCUUGUGGAUAUAAAAGGUGCUUCAGAAUGGACAGUUACAAAACAUCAACACAAUAUCCAUUACAUCACUAAUAAAACAGGCCAUUGAAUAUGCCAUUAAUUUGUAGCAUGUACAGUACAUUGUAAAAAGGUGUGACUAUUAUUAUAGAUUUAGUUUGGGAUUUGUGGGAUAACAUGCCGGGUGUACCCAAAUCUGGAUGAACCGAGAGGGACUUUGAUAUUUCCCUUGGACAUACUCCAAAUAUGUAUCUAUUUUGCUUGUCUUAUGCCUGGAUGUACAGUAUAUGUCUAUUGUUAACUUUUCACCCUACAAACGAUGCUCUCUUCAUUCUAGCCAUGUCUGGAAAGCCACACCUGUGCGAGUAACGUGUUCAAGUAAUGUACAUGAAGAAUGGAAAAGUAAACCUGCAAGUAUUGUUAAAUAUCUUUCUGACUUUUGUAUAUUCAAACAAAAAAGAAUACAGAAAAUCAUAAAACAAACAAGAGCAACAUUAAAAUGUUUGAAUAAGGAUAAAUGAGGAAAGUUAAAUGGUUAACUCUGAUGAGGAACUCUAGUUCUCCCAUCAACACAAUGAGUCAAAGCCAGAUCUAAAUAUCCUUCCAAUAGUUUGUAACAAGGGUCAUUUUCAGCAAACACACACAAAACCAAGUAAGUCAUGCUCUCUUGUGUGCUUGGAUUAGAACAGAAUUCCAUAAUAAAAUACGAUGCCGUUUCC